AUGACGGCCGCUCUCGAGCCGCUCAGGUCCACUUCGUUCGGGGAGGCCAAGCUGGCGGUGGCAGAGCAGCUCUGUGCCACCGAGUUGGAGGCCCAAACCUGGCGUCUGCGCUGCUUCCAGGCCGAGGCUCAGCUGCGCUUACAUCGCCUGCAUCGGCGGGGAGAACAGCAUCCGAGGUGGCCGCAAAACGCAGCAGAGCAGCAGCAGCUGCUGAACAGCCAUGCGUCGCUGAAGGCUCUGGAUUUCACGGCGAUUGUGCAGGAGACCCUUCGAGAUCUGGUGCUGUCGCGCACGGCGGCUGGCCACCUGCAGGACCUGCUGGAGCAAACCUCUCAUGAGGUGGCAGAACUGGAGGAGGAGGCAGCGACCAAGCGUGCACGGGCCACUUCGCUGUCGGAUGGGGCGUCAGCGGAGGACAGCGCCUUUGCUGCGAGGGAGCGCGAGCUCGAGGAAGAGAAGGAGACUGCGCGAAGUUUGGCUGAGAAGCUGCGAGCAAGGUCUGUUCUGGAGAAUGACCUGGCAGAGCAGGUGGCUCUUGGCCAGGACCAGGUGGAACGCCUUCAGCGCCAGAUCCAGGCGUUUUUGCCGAGCCAGCAGCAGAUGCAGCAGGAAGCGCGGCAGGCUCAGCAGGAGUCGGACAAAGCAAGGUCGUUGGCGCAAAGACGCCGCGAGGCCGUGGCCAAGCUUGAGGAGGAGGUUCGCUCGCCAAGAGAUGACAUGCAUGAACACGCCAUGUUGCUGCUUUGA